UCGCACUCAAAGACCGCAGCAUAGCGCUGCUAGCCGGUGUCAGCGGGGGUCAGGAAGCCGGGAAGGGUCAUAUUUACGUGACCGGCAACGGGAGGAAUGUAAACACAGACGCCUCAGUACAGCCGCCCCCACACGAGAGGGAGAUAAUGUUGGAUUUGGUGGCGGCGGAGAAGUGCCUCCCCGACCGGUUGACGGACAGGUGUGUGGUUUCGCGGGUUCGGGGCGACCACAGUGGCCUGAACGGAUUCACUGAGUCACUCGGUCCGACGAUGGUCGCGCUGGAAGGAGAAGAAGAAGAAGAAGGAGGAGGAGGAGGAGGAACUGCUUCCUGUCCAGCUGUGCUCGGGGGUCGGGUUUCAGCAGAAACGGGCCGACAGAUGCGGCAGCAUCCUGCGGGGGAGAGCACAGGGGAAACCCCGGACGUUCCCGUGGGUGAAGAGGCGACGGGCGGUGGCGCAGUCACCGGCUGCAUCAGGACUUCUACCCCCCUCGAUCGGCUGCCAUGCACCGGGAAGCACCAGCAGAACUGCGCUGGCACCGCGGGGGUAAACAUGCCCAACGGGGGUGUUGACGGUGUUGACAGCCCGGGGUGCGACGGUCCCGAGGCAGAUAUCGCCUUCUACGAACCGACAGUGUUUUCCAGCCCGCUGCUGGGCCUGAGACUCGGUCCGUGCGACGUGGACUGUGAGGAAGUGAUAGUCGCCAACGGCGGUUUACACAUAGUGAAGGCAGCCGGAGAAACACGUGACUGGCCCGAUUCGGACACAGACAUUGAUUUCGACCUGGGGGAGAGGAAAGAAAACGGGUCCGGGUCGGGUUUUUGUCUGCGGAGCCAAAGCGACUACAGCGGGAGGUUGGUGUCACAGUGGUCCGGGGAGGAUGCGCCAGCUGCAGCUGAGCUCGAGCCCGAUCCCUCCGCCACAGCCACCUCCAAGGAUUCCCCCACCCCGGGAUCAAGUGCCAAAGUCCCCUCGCCCUGCCCGUCGACCCUGUCCAACCUGAACGGUGACAGCCCGCUCUCAGAGCCCAACACCGGGGAGGACGAGGAGGACUUCAGUGACCUCUGUUUACCCGUCAGGCCGCACAGUUUGUGGACUAACCCCAACCACGCGGUGUCCCUCAGCUGCGAUGCCACCCCGUUGUCCCCGGACGAGGACGGGGGCUUUUAUUUUGGAGAGGAUGGGCACGAGGAGGACUUUCGCAACGUUUUGGAAGCGGGUCGCAGGCAGAGCGCCCCGGACAAACUCCCGGACCUGACCGAGCAGACAGACGGCUCGGACUCCAAGCUGAUGCCAAAGAGGUUCGGCAUCGCUGAUUUCUUCACCAGGAGCCUGUUUUCUAGGAAAUCCAAAGAGCCCAAGGCACCGUCCCACAAUGCAACAGGGUGGCGACUGUUCGGGAAGACAGCAGGAGGCAGAGAGGUCGAUCCAACUAAAGACGCCGCCUCCACGUUGUCCACGGAGCAGUGUCCACAGGAGGAGCAGGUGAACGACUCGGGUAUGUCCUCGUGUCCUCAGCGCCCCCCGGCUGCAGGGAGGAGGAAGAACCUGGAGUUUGAACCUCUUUCCACCACAGCGCUCAUCCUGGAGGACCGGCCAGCGAACCUACCUGCCAAAUCUGAGGAGGAAACUCAGAGACACAAACAGGAGUACGAGGAGAUGGUGGCAGGAGCCAAGAGGAGAGAGCUGAAAGAAGCGCAGAAGAAGAAGCGUCAGAUGAAGGAGAGACACAGACAGGAGGACAGCAUCUCCAACGCCAUGGUCGUCUGGAACACCGAGAUCCUGCCGCACUGGGACACCAUGAAGGGAACGAGGCGCGUCAGGGAGCUGUGGUGGCAGGGACUUCCUCCCAGUGUCAGAGGACGAGUGUGGAGCCUCGCCAUCGGCAACGAGCUCAACAUCACACCAGAGCUGUACGAGAUCUUCCUGUCCAGAGCCAAAGAGAAGUGGAGGAGUUACAGUGAAACCAGUUCAGUCAACGACAAUGAGAGCGAUGGAGGAGCGUCUUUGGCCGACAGAGAGUCCAGUCUGGACCUCAUCAAACUGGACAUUUCCAGAACCUUCCCGUCUCUCUUCAUCUUCCAGAAGGGUGGUCCUUACCACGACCUCCUCCACAGUGUACUGGGGGCUUACACCUGCUACAGACCUGACAUUGGAUAUGUCCAGGGAAUGUCGUUCAUUGCUGCUGUGCUGAUCCUCAACCUGGAGGAGGCCGAAGCCUUCAUCACCUUCGCCAACCUGCUCAACAAACCCUGUCAGAUGGCCUUCUUCAGAGUCGACCACGAGCUGAUGUUGAAGUAUUUUGCCGCCUUUGAGGUUUUCUUUGAGGAGAAUCUUCCUCGACUCUUCAGCCACUUCCAGACCAACAACCUGACCCCUGACCUCUAUCUGAUCGACUGGAUCUUCACUCUCUACAGUAAGUCCCUCCCCCUCGACGUGGCGUGCCGGGUGUGGGACGUCUUCUGUCGGGACGGGGAGGAGAGCUUGUUUCGGACGGGGCUGGGUAUCCUGCGCCUGUUCGAGGACGUCCUGCUGCAGAUGGACUUCAUCCACAUCGCUCAGUUCCUCACCCGCCUGCCGGAGGACCUGCAGUCGCACACGCUGUUCGCCGCCAUGGCCAACACACACAUGAUCAGCAGAAACCGCCGCUGGGCUCAGGUGUUUUCUGCUCUGAUGAAGGAUGGAAACAAAGAGACGGACAAAAACACCAGCCCGGCUCUGAGAAGCUAACACUAGCUAACGUCGACGCUAACGCCAUCUAUCUUCAAACGCUAGCUGUGGCGGUUGGAGCUCGCGCCGGCCGGACAUGAACUUCAGAGGUGGAUGCUAGCUCUCCCUCCCCUCCCCCUCCCGUCAGCGCUGACACUGAUGCUAACGUCAGCGGCUAACCUGUGAGGCUUGAAGCUACGUAGCCUGAAGCUAAAGUCUCGCUCCGGGCUGCUUCGCUACGGAGCUUGAAGCGAGCACAAGCCGAGAUGACGUGAAGGCGGAGGCUCGAACAGCAACGAGAGGAGCCGUUAGCUCGCGCGUCCAGGAGGAAACGGCUCCGGCGUCGCCUGGAAUCUGUGCUGGGACCAGUGGGAGCGGGAAAAACCAAAGUGGUCGGUCAGUUGUAAACCUCUACAGCCGCUGUCAGUAUUUAACCUGAUGGAUUAUGUUUUGGAGAAGAACAGUAGUGUCACUAAUUAAAACUGACUCAGUGUAAUGUGUUGCGCCCCCUGCCGGCUGGGAGGACAAACUCCACGCUGCGACACAAACACCACUAACACCGAGUGUUACGCCCUUCGUAAUUCUCAAAGACUCCAGUUCUAAUUUUCGGUGCUAAUAAUUUUCUAAAGGCUUCAAAAAGAAAAAAGGUAAAACCUCCUCUGUGGAUUAAUUACUAAUUAACGUGGGUCCUUGUGGUUUUGAUCUCACACUAUGAUUCAUUUGCUGCGUUUUAGCUUGAACCGGUCUGGAUCUAAACACGGUGGGAACCUGCAGUGGCAUGGCUGAUGCUGAUUAUUGGUUGUAGAUGAUUAAUUAGUCUCAUAGCUUUUUCAAAUUUAAUCUGUUGGCAAAAAACAAAACAAACUCUGAACAUGGGAAGUUUGGGUGCAGCAGUCGUCUUUCUAAUCAAUAGUAAGGAAUCAAAUUACACAUCUCAUCAUUGAUCCUAAUCAAACUAUGACUAAAUAUUUUGUGACUGAUGUUUUUGAGUCUUUUCUACUUGUGUUUAAUAAUUUGAAAGUUAAAAAUCAAACUGUGAGGGAGGGACACAGUCACAAGUUUAGGUCAAAAUGAUCCAUAAAGAUCACGACGAACCACGUCGAAGCGCAGUGAGCCGACAGGAAGUGAGGACGCAGGGAUGUGGGGCCGUCGCAGUGUUCGAAGGAUCCAGAUUCACCCUCAGCACUUUAUCUCUGCAGCAUCAUCAGGAACUCUUUGAAAAAACAAACAAACCACACAGAGUGAGUUCAUUAAUGGGGCAUUAAGUGACUCAUUGUUUCCUCUGUGAGUCGUUAGAGGGAACUAAAGCAGACGACCACGAUUGCUAAUUAAAGCAGAUUAGAUAGAAACUUUUAGGUGCGGCAUCAUGCAGAUCCUGGAGCUGCAACAGCGGCUUUGCAUUUAGCUUUCACUAGUUUUGGCUUGAGAAUGAGGCUUUUUAGUCUUUGUAGCAGAACUUUUCCCGCUCGCUGCG